AUGCCUAAUUUCCCAUCAAUUGCGAUCUGGUGGUUUCUAGAUUCUUCUCACAAAGGACUUGGAGCUGUAUGGAACACUGCAAAGGUGGAAGCAGGGUCAAUUGUAGCAGUUUUUGGUCUUGAAACUGUUGGGCUUGCUGUUGCUGAGGGUGCAAAAGCUGCUGGUGCAUCAAGGAUUAUUGGCAUAGAUAUUGAUAGUAUUAAGUUUGAAAGAGCAAAGAGCUUUGGAGUGACUGAGUUUAUUAAUCCAAAAGAACAUGAGAAACCAAUUCAGCAGGUCAUAGUUGAUCUCACAGACGGCGGAGUUGAUUAUAGUUUUGAAUGCAUUGGAAAUGUAUCGGUAAUGAGGGCUGCUUUGGAAUGCUGCCAUAAGUAUUGA